GUCCAAGAUGGCGGCGCCCUGUAGACUGGAGGGACUGUGAGGUAAACAGCUGAGGGGGAGGAGACGGUGGUGACCAUGAAAGAUAUCAGGCUGACAGCACUGGAAACUAAUGUACCAUCUAACCCCAGAACAGGUGUUUAGUUUUUGUGGUGUCAUGGAAGAGUCACUUGUCACACUGUCCAUACUCCCAUUUUGCAGUCUGGUAGUAGCCCUAAUGAAGAGCCGUGCAAGCCUUUAGCACACGUCCUGGAGCCCACACAGCACAGUUGAGUGAGAGAAUGGCCCAGCUAGCCAACAUUGGGGAGCUACUCUCCAUGCUGGACUCUCCCACACUGGGUGUGCGGGAUGACGUGACAACCAUCUUCAAGGAGUCCCUCAAUUCUGAACGUGGGCCUAUGCUUGUGAACACGUUGGUGGAUUAUUACCUGGAAACCAAUUCUCAGCCAGUAUUGCACAUCCUGACCACCUUGCAGGAGCCACAUGAUAAGCACCUCUUGGACAAAAUUAAUGAGUAUGUAGGCAAACCUGCCACCCGUUUAUCCAUCCUCUCGCUGCUGGGCCAUGUUGUGAGACUGCAGCCAUCUUGGAAGCAUAAGCUCUCUCAAGCACCUCUUCUGCCUUCUUUAUUGAAAUGUCUCAAGACGGACACUGAUGUGGUGGUCCUCACAACUGGUGUCUUGGUGUUGAUCACCAUGCUACCAAUGAUCCCGCAGUCAGGAAAGCAGCACCUUCUCGACUUCUUUGACAUCUUUGGCCGUCUCUCAUCAUUGUGCCUGAAGAAACCAGGCCAUGUGACAGAAGUCUACCUGGUCCAUCUCCACGCCAGUGUUUAUGCCCUCUUUCAUCGCCUUUAUGGGAUGUACCCUUGUAACUUCGUCUCCUUCCUGCGCUCUCACUAUAGUAUGAAGGAAAACGUGGAGACUUUUGAAGAAGUGGUCAAGCCAAUGAUGGAGCAUGUGCGAAUUCACCCGGAAUUAGUGACUGGAUCCAAGGACCAUGAACUGGACCCUCGAAGGUGGAAGACAUUGGAAACUCAUGAUGUUGUAAUAGAGUGUGCCAAAAUCUCUCUGGACCCUACAGAAGCCUCGUAUGAAGAUGGCUAUUCUGUGUCUCACCAGCUCUCUGCCUGCUUCCCUCACCGUUCAGCUGAUGUCACCACCAGCCCUUAUGUGGACACACAGAAUAGCUAUGGGGGCCCAACUUCCACCCCUUCCUCCACGUCUCGGCUGAUGUUCAGUCCACCUGGGCAGCUACCUCAGAGUUUAAGUUUCCUAUCCACACGGCCGUUACCUGAGCCUCAGCAAGCUAGUCUUUGGAGCCCAUCUGCCAUCUGUGGAAUGACCACUCCUCCUACGUCUCCUGGAAAUGUCCCAGCUGAUUUGUCACAUCCAUACAGUAAAGCCUUUGGUACCACCGGUGGAAAAGGAACUCCUUCGGGAACCCCAGCGACCUCUCCUCCUCCAGCCCCGCCUUGUCCCCAAGAUGACUGUGUGCACGGUCCAGCCUCCCAGACCUCAGCAACACCCCCAAGGAAGGAAGAAAGAACAGAGUCCUCAAGGCCUUAUGUUCACAGACAGUUGAACGACCGAGAGGAUCUUGGAAGCAAAAGCUCUGUUACUCUGAGGAAUCUACCUGAUUUCCUAGGUGACCUGGCUUCUGAGGAAGACAGUAUAGAGAAAGAUAAGGAAGAAGCUGCGAUAUCUAAAGAGCUUUCUGAGAUCACCACUGCAGAGGCGGAUCCUGUAGUUCCUCGAGGGGGCUUUGACUCUCCCUUCUACCGAGACAGUCUCUCUGGUUCUCAGCGGAAGACUCAUUCGGCAGCCUCUGGGACUCAGGGCUCCAGCGUGAACCCUGAGCCUUUGCACUCCUCCCUGGACAAACAUGGGCCUGACACACCAAAGCAAGCCUUUACUCCCAUAGACCCACCCUCUGGCAGUGCUGAUGCCAGUCCCGCUGGGGAUAGGGAUCGCCAGACUUCUCUGGAAACCAGUAUCCUCACUCCCAGCCCUUGCAAAAUUCCACCUCAGAGGGGAGUGAGCUUUGGAAGUGGGCAACUUCCCCCAUAUGAUCAUCUCUUUGAGGUGGCCUUGCCAAAGACUGCCUGUCACUUUGUCAGCAAGAAGACUGAGGAGCUGUUGAAGAAAGUGAAAGGAAACCCUGAGGAAGACUGUGUGCCCUCUACCUCCCCAAUGGAAGUACUGGACAGACUGAUAGAGCAGGGAGCAGGUGCGCACAGCAAGGAGCUGAGCAGGUUGUCCUUGCCCAGCAAGUCUGUUGACUGGACCCACUUUGGAGGCUCUCCUCCCUCAGAUGAGAUCCGGACCCUCCGAGACCAGCUGCUUUUACUGCACAAUCAGCUGCUGUAUGAGCGCUUCAAGCGGCAGCAGCAUGCACUCAGGAACAGAAGGCUCCUGCGCAAGGUGAUCAGAGCAGCUGCUCUGGAGGAACACAAUGCAGCAAUGAAAGAUCAGUUGAAGUUACAAGAGAAGGACAUACAGAUGUGGAAGGUGAGUCUGCAGAAAGAACAAGCCCGAUACAGUCAACUUCAGGAACAACGUGACACCAUGGUGACCCAACUGCAUAGCCAGAUCAGACAGCUGCAGCAUGACCGAGAAGAAUUCUACAACCAGAGUCAGGAGUUACAGACAAAGCUGGAGGACUGCAGAAACAUGAUUGCGGAACUUCGGGUGGAGCUGAAGAAGGCCAACAACAAGGUGUGCCACACUGAGCUGCUGCUCAGCCAGGUUUCUCAGAAGCUCUCCAAUAGUGAGUCAGUGCAGCAGCAGAUGGAGUUCUUGAAUAGGCAGCUCCUGGUGCUCGGGGAGGUCAAUGAGCUGUACCUGGAGCAGCUGCAGAGCAAGCAUCCUGACACCACCAAGGAAGUAGAAAUGAUGAAAACUGCAUAUCGGAAAGAACUAGAGAAAAACAGAAGCCACCUUCUCCAGCAGAACCAGAGGCUGGAUGCCUCACAGAGGCGUGUUUUGGAACUGGAAUCUCUUCUGGCCAAGAAAGACCACCUUCUCCUAGAGCAGAAGAAAUAUCUUGAGGAUGUCAAGAGCCAGGCGAGUGGACAGCUGCUGGCUGCAGAGAGCAGGUAUGAGGCUCAGAGAAAGAUCACCCGGGUGUUGGAACUGGAGAUUCUAGACUUAUAUGGCAGAUUGGAGAAAGAUGGCCGUCUACGGAAACUAGAAGAAGACAGAGCAGAGACAGCAGAGGCAGCAGAAGAGAGGCUUGAGUGUUGUAGUGACGGAUGCUCGGAUUCCUUGGUAGGACAUAAUGAAGAGGCUUCUGGUCACAACGGUGAGACCAGGACCUCCAGACCUGGUGGCACCCGGGCCAGCUGUGGAGGUAGAGUCACUGGAGGCAGCAGCAGCAGCAGCAGUGAGCUUUCCACUCCAGAGAAACCCCCGAGCCAGAGGUUCAGCAGCCGGUGGGAACCCACAAUGGGAGAGCCCUCCAGCAGCAUCCCCACCACUGUUGGCUCACUUCCCAGUUCCAAAAGCUUCCUGGGCAUGAAGGCCCGGGAGCUGUUCCGUAAUAAGAGUGAGAGCCAGUGUGAUGAGGACGGCGUGGCCAUGAGCAGUAGCCUUUCUGAGACCCUGAAGACAGAACUGGGCAAAGACUCGGCCAUGGAAAACAAGACUUCCCUGAAUCUAGACGUCCCACACCCAUCUUCCCCAAACUCAGACAGUGUGGGGCAGCUCCACAUCAUGGACUACAAUGAGACUCACCACGAGCACAGCUGAAGAGGGUCUGUCAGUGUUAAUUUGCGUCUUUGUCGGCACAGAACAGAAGGUGUGAAUGCACGGUCUAGGCUUCUGUUUCCAGGGUCUGAGCAGCUGCUUGUGCGGUGGGAAUGGAACAAAAUGCCCUUUUGACAGAGGGCGGAUGUGGGAGGAUGGUUUUUGGGUCUGGCAUUGAGACGCUUUCCUUCACCUCACCCCAGCCUCUUUCAUUUACCCAGCAGUAUGUGCUAAUUGAGGGCCUGUGCUUUAUUUUCUUCCUUCCACCAAAUGGUUAUGUCAUUUGAACCUGUGCAAUAUGAGGCCAAUUUCAUCUUUGGGUCCAACAUACCACUCUGCUUUCCUGAGGUUCAGACAACUGGGUGGCUCUUGGGUAGACCAGGCAGUUAGUGACACUGGAGGUAAGUCCAGUUUUGUCCCUUCUAGAGGAUGUAGCCGACAAAGCUGUCUUUACAGGAGCAUUCCCACUGCUUUUUGGUUCUUAAGUUUAGCAUCUAAGCCACAGAUCUUGAAAAACUGGCUCACUCACCUCUGCCUUUUCUUGGCAGCUCUGAUAUGCUUCUUAGAAGGUUCUGUGAGAAUACCAGUUGCUUUGACAGUGCAGUUGGCACUGUGGAGGCCACACUGUCUUAACUCUCUGGAAAGCUCUUACCCCUCUGCCCCACUACCUCUUAUUUAUUUGGUAUUUGCUUGAAUGCUGGCACCAUACUGCCUGUGAGUGGGUGUAUAGGUGUCCAUCCUGCAGUCUGCAGACAGUGGGGAGUGGUCACUAGGAGGGGCAUCUAGGAUGCUCGUGCUCAUGUGGACGUGUGCCUCUGGCUGGCCACGGUUUCACCCUUCAGCCUAUUUGCUUCCCCUUGGGUCCCCUUGGGCCCAGCUGCCUUGUGAUGCCACAGCAGACAGGCUUGGGAGAAGUCAGUGCCUCCUUGGAGCUUAUGUAAUGAUGGCUCUUGCUCCAGCUGAGGGGUCACCUCCCUAGGUUCUGACAGAUUUUACAGCAAUUCCCACUUCACAGGAAAGACUCUCUGGAGCUUUACAGCAGAACAACUCAGAGUCUGAUAAAGGCUGGGGGUCUAUACCACUGCCUGCCCUCAUGCUCACAAGAGGCAAUAUUGGUCACAGUCAGAACACAGUGGUGGCAGAGAGCCCAAACUCAACCAAUGCUCCUGAAUAAAUGCUGGAAGUAUAAGAGUUGUUGCCUGAUAUUCUAGCCCAGGCAAGGAGAGACUUGGGAAGGAGCCAUGAGCUUGGAUCUCUUGUUUCUAUUCUGUCUGAUGUAUAAAGAAGAGAGUUUAGCUACCACAAGGCUAAAAAAAAAAAAAAAAAAACCCAAAAUACAAAUGGUACGAAUCUUACUGCAUAUGAAAGUUUCCAGCCUGAGGAUGAAAGUCUUUCUUAAGUGUGGCAGCAAAUAUCCUAGCAUCCUAAGUAAGGCAAGACUUCAUGUCACCAUGGCAGUGCUGUCUGGACAGGUCCAUAUCGCUGCUAUAGCUGACUGACAGCCAGCCCACAGGAAGGCAUACCACUCACCACUCUCAGACCAGCAGAGGGCAGCCAUUGCCCUUGGACACUUGGAGUGUAGGUGUCAGUGAUGACAUGCUUUUCAUGGAGCUCUGCGCAAAGCUAAGCUUAAAACCCAGUAUUCUCUCGCCCAAUCCACUGUAGAAAUGGGCAGGUUAACAAACAGAUCUCACAGGUUAACGGUAGACGCUGUUUCCAAGAAUUACCAGUUCCACCACCAAGAUCUGCCAGAGAACAACAUAUUUAGAAAACUAAGACUGUACAGGUGAUGAAGUUUAGGGAGAAGAGACAGCAGCAUAGGAAGGGAAGCUAAUGUGCAGGCUGCCGUCUUCUCCACAGACUUUUACUUGGGCCCUUUGCGCUUUCCUCUAGCCUGUUUCCACACCCAGCGACAGAACCUGAACAUCCUGUGUGCCUUGAGUUCUAGAAGGCUAUUAGGACUUUUUUCACUUAAGAUUGGAGGACUGUGACCAGGAGUCGUCUUUAAGGUGCCCAACCUAAACAUUGGCUCUUUUCAAAGGACUCUAGGAUCAGUGGGUGGUUGGGUGGAGGCUUCUGUUUUAGAGAGCAGCGACAGAUGAUCUGGGAGUCAGUGGGCCACCCGGUAUUGCCAUAGGCACGAGCAAAGCUUCUGAGAAACAGCUGAGUCCUGGGCCAAGGUAUUCGAACAGUAGGUGUCCUGGGCAGCCGAGUGUAUGAGUGUUGGGGUUGAAUGGCCUUCAUCCCCUAAUCACUUGGACUGUGUGCUGUGGUUGCCCAGGGCCCCAAGGAGACUGGAGGCUGUGUCUCAUGCAGCCUAGAAUCUGUCAGAAGUAGCCCUGCAGUGUCAGUGCCCAGGAAAGGAGCUAAGUACCUAUUUCUAUAAUAUCCCUUCCUGAAAUUUAAGAAUUUGCUUUGGGAGCAAUAUGGCAGUGAGCAUGAGGAGACAGGCUCUAAGUGGCAUCUCUAGAGUCAGCAGCACAGCUGCAUAGGGGGAAUGCUGAAACUCGAUAGCUUUUCUGAGCGUUUGAGGAGAAAAGGCCUAAUCUUCUGGACUAAACUAGAAGGUUCCAAUUGUGUGUGACAUCGUUAGCAGGGAGUCACUCUUCUUAGAAGGCAAACUGUCACAACCCAGGAAAAGUCUGGUAGCCACUGGUGGCUUGAAAAGCAGACAAAAAUCCCCUUGCCCCAUGCUGCUGUAGCCAGUGACCAAGCACUUCUCAGGGUGGUGGUGGCACCAUAGGUGACAAGCUGUAGACUCAGGACCACUUGCAGAAUCUGUGGGCUCUAAUGCUCAAAGGAGAGUGAGAAAAUGUUAGCAGCCAAGGAUAAAAGGACCUCAGAGCUGAUCACAGAGCUCGGGCUGGCAGUAAGCAUAGAAAGUGUGGGAGGUGUGACAACUAAGUGCAGUGUGCCCAGCCACCGGGGACCUACCACCUGACGCCGGGAAGAACUGAAGUGCAGUGUGCCCAGCCACCGGGGACCUACCACCUGACGUUGGGAAGAACUAAGGAGCAAACAAUAAUAUAUGGGAAGGUGAGGAACUUUAUUUACUGAACUGUAGGGAUGGGAGACACUGGACAAGCUGGUAGAGGUGUGGGCACUGUACAGGCUCAGACUGCAGCAUGUGGAAUCUGUCCAGCCAGAGGCCAGUGGCCCUGCAGACUGGGACUUAGUCUGCUUCACCUUCGCCCAGGGCCAUGCUGGAAUCACUGCUGUGUGCACUGGAAACACAUCCAGUAUAAGGAUGUGUGUGUCCCUGUGUACAUCCAGAGGUCUCUUACUGCCCUGGGUUUAGCCUGUAUAGGUAAAAAUAAAAGGGAGUGGUGGUGGGACAGAUCCCUGGGCUGCUUCCACCCUCGUUCUCAUUCAUUUUCCGGGUUUGAGAGUCCCUGGUAUGUUCAGAGGAGCAGUGUUUCUGUCUCUGGUGUCAGCCUGAGUUUUUAAAUGCUGUAUAGGAAAGCAGCAGCAGCUACAACAGAAACUGCACCCUGACCACUUUUGGUCUUAGAAUGAAAUUAAUGGGGGCUGAGAAGUGCUGUUCCCUUCCCAGAGCUGUAUUACCCACCCCUGGAUAGGUAGGCAGCCUGAGCCCCUGGAGUAGGUAUUUCACAAGACCCAUGGAGCUCAAGGGCUCCAGACUGAUCUCUCUUCCAGGAUCAGUUCACAUAGUUUUGGAAGGGAGAGGAAGAUAUGAUGCUGUUUGCUGUUAGCUCCCGGGCAAAUCAGAGGCAGGCAGGCGUUUUUUGCACUAGGAAGAUUCAGUGGUCACCCUUCAUGAGACUGGACCACAAACAGGUUUUGCUAAGACAUAGUUUAGUUUUAUAAUCAAUCAUGGAUGAACCAUAUAUGGCUAACUUGGAGUUUAAAGUGUGUGUGUGUGGGGGGGGGGGGGUUUGCCAUCAGUGAAAAUGAAUCAGAUUUUAAAAAACUUUUUAGUUCAAUGGAAGGCUCUUCUCAAAAGGUUUAAACUUUCCCACUAUGAUCUUAAAAGCAUGUCAAACAGUCCAAAUCAGAUGCCAUAAAUAUGGGCUGCAGGAGAACAUGGUACAGUCUCAGUGAAUGGAAUCAAAGUUUGCUGUCCUUAGAAUGUUCUAAAAUGUCAAGGCAGUUGCUUGUGUUUAACUGUGAACAAAUAAAGAGUUAUUGUUUUGCACUCC